AUGGCAACAAAGAUAAACCCCUCUUUUAUCAAGGCUCUUCAGGGUGAUCAGUUCUCUGUCAAGUUGAAACUCCCUAGUGCAUUUCUCCAGUGUCUUAAUGGAAGGUUACCUCCCCAGUGCAGUCUUCAGACCCAAGGUCGAACUUGGAAUGUUUCUGUGGAGAAGGUUAAUCACAAGUUCUAUUUCCAACUGGGUUGGAAUGGCUUUGUGCAAGACAAUGGCUUAAAGUGUGGUGAAAUUCUAGUCUUCCAUUAUGCUGGUAACUCACAAUUCCAUGUGGAAAUAUUUGGAAUAAAUACCUGCAAAAAGCUGCAUGUAAUGCCUGAGAUGGAAGAAGCUAAUGAACAUGAUGUAUCUCCUGAAAUCUUGGACGACCUUCCACCUUGUCCAAGGAAAGCUGAGGAGAAAUCUUUCCUUUCAAGCCCUCUGCCUCACAAGAGAAGCAAAGCUAGUUCUAGUGGUAAAGCAGAUAUCACCCUCAACUUCCUAAAGAGGCUUCCACGUCUUGAGAAGUCAGCAAUGAAAAAGAAAGAUUCACAUCGUUCCAAAAAGGCUAAACAUGCUAUCAAUCCUAUCCAUUAUGACUUAUCUUCAGGCAUUUUUGAUAAUGAUUCUGGUGAUGAAGAUCAUCAUGAUGAGAAAGAAUAUGAGGAUGAUGAUCAUGAUGAGGAGUGUGAUGCCGAAAAUGAAGAUGAUGAAGAAGAAGCAACUGAAGACCAAGAGAAGGAGGAGGAUGAUGAUUCUAUUGAAACCCUCAGCGAUUCUCCAGGAUGCUCAAGAACAGUGAGGAAAUAUACAUUGGCAUCAAGUCUUCAUCAGAGAAAGAGAAAACGUUAUACUGUGAAAGCAAAAACCAAAAUCAAAGCUGUUGGUGUUUUGUCCAGUGAGGAAAAGAUUCUAAAAGCUAUAGCCAUACAAAGAGCUUGUACCUUCAAAUUUAAUUCUGACAACCCUUGUUUCGUGAUUUCCAUGUCUAUAUCAUAUGCUUCUGGAAAAUUUCUGAAUGUUCCACGGAGUUUCGCCGCGGAACAUCUUACUAAUCUGCAACCUGGCCACAUCAUUCUAAAGGUUAAUAAGAGGUUUUGGUCUGUCAAGGUCAAUUAUCUUGGGACUACAACAAAAUUACAGGCCGGCUGGUCUAAAUUUGUGCAUGACAAUAAUUUGAAGUUUGGUUAUGUUUGUGUUUUUGUCUUGACCAAUGCGAUCGAAUUUGAAUAUGUUGUUGAAAUUUUCCGCGUUACAGAUGCUGUCUGA